AUGUCUUCGGAAACAGAAUUUAGAACGUAUGAAAAUGGCUUCGAUCAAGCUUCCUCAUAUCGAGAGAAGUUGAAGCACAUUCAAGAUUUGACACCAAUUGACGAGCCACUCAUCUCAUGGGACGGCUUUCGCGGAAGAUCACCACGCGAGUACUUGAGGCCGCCUGUUUUACCCUACGGCCGACAGGCUGCAGAAUGGCAAAAUGCCCUUUCCGGUGGACAAGAAGUGCCACAAUUCCGAACUACUCCACAGGUGCCACCUAUUCGUCAGGACGCACCCACUAUGGUCUUGAUUUUUUAUCCUCGCCCGGAUCAAGAUGAUGCAAGACCUAUACAUCAGAGCCUCUCUUACCUAAAGAGAAUUGAACGCAUAGCUAAGAUGGGAGAGCAAACCAUCCUCUAUAUUCCGCCCGAGCUUACGGAAACAAUCCGCGCUAUGCGUCCAGACCCGCAUUGGUACAUAGUAGACUCAUAUGCUACUGUUUGGGACAUACCAACGAACGAUUAUCAGCGCGAUAACUUCGCAAAUGAACAGCCGAAACUUUUCCGGGAGUUUGACGGUUAUAGCGAUGCUGAUGGUGAGCUAAGACCUGUAGACCGAUACAACCGUGCCCAUCACAGUGCCGUUUGUAACGCCAAGGCAUUCAUCAUGUACGACGCAGUUAUGCGUAAUCCCUUUGGUUCUAACCGGUGGAUGUACGUAGACGCAGGGUUCCUCUUUGAUGAUGGCCCCAAAGACUCUGAUGGAAUGAUCUGGGGCGACCUCCUUAAGAGCGGCCUCGACGAGGCAAAGAUGGAUCGUGCCAUUAGCAUCGCACGCGACACGGGGGUAGUUAUGGGAGAAUAUUCCCACCGAGACGGCUGCCCGGACAUUGACGACGAAUGUUGGAGCAAUCCUAGAAGGACCUGGCGCAGCCGCCAGUUCAUUGCCAAUGUCUACGUAGGCAGCUCACUCGGGAUGCUGAACUACAGCGUACGCUUCAUGCAGACGGUGGAUGAUAUGGAUGCCAACGGCUUCUAUACUGCGCGGGAAGAAUUCGUCGUACCCUUUGUCGUGCUUCGAUAUCCUAACUCGGUUUUCUCUAUCCCGUGGUUUCCCUUGCCCCGCCGCCUCGAUUAUCGUUGGCAGUUCCCCGGGAAGAUGGUGUUUUCUCGUGUUGGUGGCCCUCAGUCAGUACCCCCUAUUGUGGACCCAAUCGCUACGUUAUAUGUCCGCGAAUAUGUACCGAGUCGACAGAGCCUCCCCGCAGGUGGGAUUUAUGUCACGUCCCCAAGUGAUUACCGAGAAUGGGAAAUCCGCCAUGGGCUAAUGAUGAACGAAAAAAAGUAA